AGAGUUUGUUUGGAGCGCCCGCCCGCCCCAGCGCCAUCUCCAUGGACUGAGCGGCGGUGGCGUCGUUUCUUUUUUUUCGACCCUCACUUGUUUUAAAAAAAAUCAUAUUUGAUGUCCGUCUGAGACGUCAUUAAAAUGUCUGAAAUUGCCCGCUGCUGUGAACUGCAGGCAUUAAUGAGUUACAAUACUGUAUAAACGGGUGUUGUGAAGAAAAUAUAUAUUAAAAAAUAAUAAUUAACCUCGUGUGUAAAUCUGAAAUCGGGAACUUAACCACGGGAGAGGCAGGAAAGAGAGAGAGAGAGGCGAAAGUGAAAAAUGGGAGCAUUUUUGGAUAAACCAAAAACAGAGAAACAUAAUGCACAUGGUGCAGGAAAUGAUUUGCAUUAUGGCCUUAGCAGCAUGCAGGGUUGGAGAGUGGAGAUGGAAGAUGCUCAUACAGCUUCUGUUGGCAUUCCUCAAGGCUUGGACACGUGGUCCUUCUUUGCUGUGUAUGAUGGCCAUGCCGGCUCUCGAGUGGCAAACUACUGUUCAAAGCACUUACUUGAACACAUCACAAGUAAUGAAGACUUCAGAGGCACAAAUGUGUCUGGUUAUCCAAUUGAACCUACCAUAGAGCAUGUCAAGAGUGGUAUCAGAACUGGAUUUUUGAAAAUUGAUGAGUACAUGCGUAAUUUUUCAGAGCUGAGAAAUGGCAUGGACAGGAGUGGGUCGACAGCUGUUGCAGUGAUGAUCUCCCCGGAGCACACUUACUUUAUCAACUGUGGCGACUCGAGAGCUGUUCUGUACAGAAAUGCACAACUUUGCUUUUCAACGCAGGAUCAUAAGCCUUGCAACCCAAGGGAGAAAGAGCGAAUCCAGAAUGCAGGGGGCAGUGUAAUGAUACAGCGAGUUAAUGGGUCACUAGCUGUGUCAAGAGCGUUGGGGGAUUACGAUUACAAGUGUGUCGAUGGGAAAGGGCCUACAGAGCAGCUGGUAUCUCCAGAACCUGAAGUGUAUGAGAUUCUUAGAGCAGAAGAAGAUGAAUUUAUUAUACUGGCUUGCGAUGGCAUCUGGGAUGUGAUGUCGAAUGAGGAGCUCUGUGAGUUCGCUAGAUCUAGACUAGAGAUAACAGAUGACCUUGAAAAGAUCUGCAACUGGGUGGUGGACACCUGCUUACACAAGGGUAGUAGAGACAAUAUGAGCAUUGUGCUGGUCUGCUUCCCUAAUGCUCCCAAGGUGUCAGAAGAGGCGGUAAGAAAAGAUGCUGAACUGAAUAAAUACCUGGAGUCUCGUGUUGAAGAGAUUAUGUUGAAACCCAGUGAAGAAGGGAUGCCUGAUUUGGUUCACGUGAUGCGCACCCUCUCAAUGGAGAAUAUCCCUAAUCUUCCACCAGGAGGAGGACUUGCAAGCAAGCGCAGUGUGAUUGAAGCUGUUUAUAAUAGACUGAAUCCACACAGGGAUGAUGAUGGGAUCAGCACUCGAAUUGGGAAGGCAAAGAAGGCUUGGAGACCAUGUGCUGACAAGGGUUCCGCAGAUCUUGAAGACCCCUGGUAGUUAAAUAGGCUAGAAUCGCUAAGAAAUUCCUGGUUUGAAAUAUGGAAGAAACCUUCGUUCACACACCUUUUAUUUACUACAAGGGAAAUUAAAAAUCCAAAGGAUCUUUUAAAGUCAUUUUGUCAGAAGGGCAGGAGGAACUUGAUUGUUAGAAUUAUACACCAUUUGUUCGUUUUUUUGCGUAUUCUAAUAUUGCCACUCCUGUGCAUCUUCCUGUAAAACAGUAUUUUGUUGAUUGCCUCAGACUUACUGAUUGCAUCUGCACCCAACUUGUUGCCUAAAGGAAUGGUAAUGCUGUAGCAGAUGUGGUAAAAGUAUCUGAGGUGCAUGGAUUUCUAGUUUAAUUUGGAAGAUGCACUGAGUACUGUUAAUUUAAAUCUAACUCGCCGGACAUGAGCAUGUACAAAUUGCUGUAUAAGGCGUUACUUGAUUGCAAGGUUCAAGGUUGAGAGCUUCUGCACCUAUCUCAGGCCCAGAGGGAACAUGCAGUAAGCAGAAUGCUGUAGAAAUUUAUUUCAUGUAAUUCUUCACUUCAAUUUCUGCUGUACUACCAAAUACUCAGUUUUCUCAGCUGUCCGAUAUGCAGUAUAUGUUGUCUACUGCUUGCUUGAAGAUAACAUUGCAUUUGGCAAUAAAUAUAGCAAAUGUAUGGUAAAGUUCCCUUAUGAUUUUAAGCAUGUGUAGAUUAUAAGCUCUUGCUAAGCAGAACCUUUGGACAAAACUGAAUAGAUUAAUUUAUGCUUCUAUGUCAAUUGUCAUUUGCCUCAGACAUCCCACUCAUUAAUGCAGAAGUUGAAAAUAUCGCUAUAAAAUUUGCCUUUCUCACACAAUAUUGUAAAUUGUGAUUUUAUUCUACAUGUGGUUUUCUAUUAGUAUCAUUGAUUUGCAGCAGAAAUAAAGACACAGCCUUGUGUAAACUGGGGUAUAGUUUUGCAAAAGAAAAUUGUUUGCAUUAACAAUUAUAAAACUAGAGAUCACAUAGAUUUAUAAACGCAAUUUAAAAUAUUCUAUUGUGAAUUUAAGCUUUACAAAAUACGUUACUUAAUUUUGUUCAGUGAUUUUUUCUUUUCAUUCAUUGUGGAAUGGGCAUGGUACAGAGUGGCUGUCUUUUAAGGUACUUGAAGAUUCUUGGUUUGAUUUGUAUUUUCUGCAAUAACACAAUUUUACUGAGUACGUUUGAGCUGUGCAUGUACUAAAGUUUGGUUUAAGCUAAUGAUUGAGGGGAAGGGGAUUUGAGCAGCAUCUGAGGGCAGAGAGAGCAAUGAAUGUAUCCACUUGUACACAAAACACAUGCUAUGGAUGCCUUGUAAGAUUUAAGUGGGUCAGCUAGUCGGUUAAUGGUGUACAGUUGAGAAAUACCGUUAAUUGUGAUUGACACAUACUGAUGAGUGUUGCUGAUUGGAUUUGUAUACAAUGGAAUUCAUUUGUGAUUCUCUAACUUUGUUUUUUCUCCCCCUCAUUAAGUCCUUAUGCUGGAAAGCUGCCUGUUAUCAUAUACCCUUUGAACACUGGUGCCUACAACCAGCUGCCCCAAUCAUUUAGUUCAUUGUGUAGGUAUGAUUCUUGGCCUAGAGAGUAUGAUUAUUGCCCGUGUUUUUAUUUAUUCACUAGAUUUUAGCUACAACAAUAAAAUGUCCUGAAGAAGAUGAUGUUAACAGGUGUUUUGACCCUUUGUUGAGAUUAUGGGGUUGUUUUAGGGAUGGCGAGUGUCCAAGUGGUUUCUUACUGUCCACGGACUAUCGACUCUGGUCCUUCCCUGUACUGACUAUAGUAUAUUCCCUGUAUGAUAUUUGUGAUGUUUCAUACAAUACAGUGAUCAUAACCACCUUGUUAUCUUCAAUAAAGGAUUGCUAAAUGCAU